GACUACAUUUCCUUUCACCAGGGUUCUUAUGCCUUAAUGACAGGUACCAGUACUCAAAGGUACUUGCGUUCUUCAUAUUGGCCAGAAGAUCCGCCUGAUACAUUCCUUAAUGUGGGAAGAACAAAUUAUGAUAGAUUCAAUCUCAGAGAAGAAGAAGAAGAAGAAGACGAAGAAGGGGGCCCACUGUUCACGCAGAAGAGGGGUUGAAGCCAGAAAGGCUCAACACACUUCCUGAACUCAGAUGUGAGAGUUGGGUCUGAAUCUUCAUUACAGUAUGGAACCCCCAAGGGGCUUUCUCGCAUCCCUCUGCAACUUCAUACGCUUUCUCCCUUACUUCAUUGCCCUUCUCAUUCUUGGCUUUCUUAAAGGUUCAAUUCUGUGUCCGUUUAUACUUCUUAUUAUUACCAUUGGAAACUCUGCUGUGGUUUUAGGCCUUUGGCCGGUACACCUGUUCUACACAUAUUACUCCAUCUUAAGCACAAAACAACUAGGUCCGGUCUUGAAAGCGGUUAUCUGCAUAUGUCUUCCAGUUGUUUUAUCGUUGUGGUUAGUGAUUGCAAUUGCGAGCAGCAUUAUUGGUGGGGCAGCAUAUGGUUUCUUCUCACCCAUGCUUGCCACUUCCCGAGCUGUUGAACCUGGGAAGGAUAACAAAUUUUAUCACUGCAUAUGUGAUGGUACUUGGGAUACAGUCAAACGGAGCUUUACCAUUGUUAGGGAUGUUGGGGAUGUUUGUUACCAUUCCUACUUUUCAUUUAUGGAUGAUCUACGGCUUCAAGGGGCAGGAAAAUAUUAUGAAUUUAGGCUGCUUUAUCUUCCUGGAACAUUAAUUGGUGGCUUGCUUGGAAUUAUUGUAGAUAUGCCAAUGAUCACCAUGAUAGCUGCUUACAAAACCCCUUACAUGCUAUUUAGAGGAUGGCACCGUUUGUUUCAUGAUUGUAUAGGACGGGAGGGCCCUUUCUUGGAGACAAUCUGUGUGCCUUUUGCUGGGAUUGCCAUCCUGCUCUGGCCGUUGGCGGUUGCUGGUGCAUUGUUAGGUUCCAUGGUAUCUAGUAUCUUCCUCGGUGCAUAUGCAGGAGCUGUUGUCUACCAGGAGAGUUCUUUCUGGUUGGGGCUCUGCUACAUUGUCGCAUCUUUAUCCAUAUAUGAUGAGUAUAGCAAUGAUGUUCUUGACUUACCUGAAGGAUCAUGCUUCCCUAGGCCCCAAUACCGAACGAGGACCUACUCAAGAACCAGCUCCCGUGCAGCGUCUUUCUCAAGGCCGACCUCUUUCAGGAAUUCAUUUUCUUCUCACAACACACCUAUGGUUGAGUUGAAACACAUUGAGUUUGCUAACGGGUUUUUCAAAGAGUGUCAACGUUACGGGGAAAUAUUAGUAUCUGAAGGAGUGUUGACUCAAAAAGAUAUUGAAGAUGCCAAGUCUAAUAAGGACAUUGGGCGAAUCUUAAGUAUAGGUCUACCUGCUUUUGGUGUGCUUCAGAUACUCUUACGUUCUGCUAAAGCCAACUCCUCUGGUUUGUUGUUAAAAGAUGAUAAUAAUAGUACUACCGAGAUAAGUAGCACAAACAGGCCUAAAGAUGCUUUUUAUGACUGGUUUCUCAAUCCGCUUCUGAUCAUGAAAGACCAGAUCAAGGCUGACAACCUUUCUGAAUCCGAAGAGGAGUACCUCGGCAAAUUGGUCCUGUUGUAUGGGGAUUCUGAGAGGUUGAAUAGAUCGAACAUUGAUCUGCUGAAACCUGCAUCUGAGAUAAGGCGGGCUGAGCUUGAUGCAUUAGCUCGAAGACUUCAUGGGAUAACGAAAUCCAUAUCGAGAUACCCAACAUAUAGGCGGCGCUUUGACAGCAGCAUGAAGGCAAUAUUAAAUGAACUGGCUGCAAAGAAGGAUGGUGACAGCAGAACGUGUGGAGCAGAAGCUUCAAGUAUCCCCAGGUCAAGGAGCAUGUUUGCUCGGAUUUUUAGCCAGAAAUCUUUGGAAGGCAGCAAAAAUGGAUCCGACCCCGAGGCUCAGACAGUCUCUUUGGGGAAGAGCUGAAAUCCAGCAUUAGUAACCGAGCAAAUCGAUUGUCUAUAUGGUUUUGAUUAUAGCUUCUAGUGAUCUUGAGGGGCUUAAAAUUUCCUCCUCAUUGUGUAAAGUUUGUUCUUUGUCAUUCAAGAAUUUGCAUUUUCAAAGAAAAACAAAAGAGAGAGUUAUGUCCGUCCGUGGUUAUGAUUGUUUAUCUGUUUUUCUUAUAAAUAUCCUUGUUGUGAUUUAAUUUAAAGUGCAUGACAUACAGAAUAUGGGCGAAUUCGAAUGCCCUUUUUCACAUGGAAUGAAUGAAUGAUUUGUGUGAUA